UUGUCUCUCCUCCGUCGCACAGCAUACGCGUGCUAUUCGCAAUCAACCAUGGUCGAAAACGUCCUUGAUGAUAUCUCCCACCGGAGGUAUAACCCACUCCGCGGUUCUUCCAUCUUAGUGUCCCCCCACAGAACUAAGCGUCCUUGGCAAGGAGCACAAGAAAGUCCUUCCAAGACAACUCUGCCCACCUAUGACCCUGCUUGCUAUCUGUGCCCAGGCAACAAGCGUGCGCAAGGAGAUGCGAACCCCAAGUACGAAAAGACUUUCGUUUUCGUCAACGAUUACAGCGCUGUCAAGGAGGAGCAAGCGCCAUAUAGUCCGGAUAAUGCAGACGAUCUGGAAUCUUUCUUCCUGAAGGCAGAGCCUGUCACUGGCAAAUGCUACGUGCUCACCUUCUCAGCGGCCCACAACCUCACCUUGGCAGAUCUGUCUCCAGCCGAGAUUGCUCCCGUCAUCGACGCUUGGACUGAGAUCUACAGUGCACAUCUGUCACCUAAGUCACCGUUGGCUGCUCUUGCCCCGGCGACCACUCUACCUCCCAACUCCCCCACCGCUGAUCUGGCCAAGCCCAAGGAACAAUAUCGGUAUAUGCAAAUUUUCGAGAACAAGGGCGCGGCUAUGGGGUGCUCGAACCCUCACCCCCAUGGACAAGUCUGGACCACCAGCUCGCUACCCGAAGAGCCAGCGAUGGAGCUGGAACAACUUAAGAAAUACCGCAAGGAGCACGGAGGCAAGCACAUGUUAGAAGAUUAUGCGGCUCUCGAAAGCCAGAAGAAGGAGCGUGUGGUGUUCGAGAACGGAGCAUUCCUGGUUGUCUGCCCCUGGUGGGGAGUUUGGCCAUUCGAGACAAUGAUUGUUAGCAAACAACACAAGCGUGCGCUCGUUGACCUAAAUGCCAACGAGAAGGCACAGUUGGCCGAGGCCAUCGCAGAGGUCACCAGACGUUACGAUAAUUUGUUCGAGACGCACUUCCCAUACAGCAUGGGUAUCCAUCAGGCACCACUCGAUGGGACUGAAGAGGAGAUUGAGUCUUCGUAUCUGCACUUGCACUUCUACCCUCCUUUGUUGCGCAGCGCAACUGUGCGGAAGUUUUUGGUUGGUUAUGAAAUGAUGGGCGAGCCUCAGCGAGACAUCACCCCCGAGCAAGCGGCGGCAAGAUUAAGGAACUGUGGAGGAGAGCUGUAUAGGAAGAAGUUGGACGGGUAG